AGGCAAAGAAUCCGCAAGCAGGGCGAAAGAGGCGCAUCCCGCUGGGAGAAGUCCGUCCGGAGUUUUGGAGAACGUGGGAGAAACCCGGACCCUCCAACUCUAGGAAAGACCUCUCUAUCCCGCCUAGCGCCAAUUAAAAGUCGAGGGACCCAGGAUGGAUAAAUAUAAAGCUCUGGAACAACUGCUGACAGAACUGGAAGAUUUUCUGAAGAUACUAGAUAAAGAGAACCUCAGCAGCACAGCCAUAGUCAAAAAAGGCUUUCUGGCUGACCUCCUUCGACUGUGCACCAAGUCAAGUGGUGGUGAUGAAGAGUACAUUUAUAUGAACAGAGUGACCAUAAGUAAACUACAUGGGGAACCAGACAAAGCCAACAAAGGUUACCAAGAUUCCUUGACUAAUGGAGAAAUGGAGCAGUAUUUGUAUCCUCCACAGAAAAGUUUGCCAGAUCUUCCACCUUCAAAAAUAAUUCCAGAAUCAAAACUACAUUCAGGCCUCAAAAAUGAAUCUCCAGAAGGGUACUAUGAAGAAGCUGAACCUUACAGUGUUUCUAUAAAUGAUGAUGAAGCAGUCAGCAGCUCCUAUGAAUCCUACGAUGAGGAAGAGAGCACUAAAGGCAAGUCAGCCCCUCAUCAGUGGCCAUCACCUGAAGCAUCUAUUGAACUUAUGAAAGAUGCCCGGAUCUGUGCUUUUCUCUGGAGAAAGAAAUGGUUGGGCCAGUGGGCCAAACAGCUUUGCAUGAUUAAAGAGAACAGACUGUUGUGCUACAAGACUUCCAAGGAUCAUAGUCCUCAGCUGGAUGUUAAUUUGGUGAGCUGCAGUGUCAUUCACAAGGAAAAGAAUCUGAGAAAGCAGGAGCAUAAAUUGAAGAUCAUCCCCAUGAAUGCAGAUGUGAUCGUCUUGGGUUUGCAAAGUAAAGACCAAGCAGAACAAUGGCUCAGAGUAAUCCAAGAAAUAAGCGGUCUCUAUCCUGAGGGGCCCUGUGAAGGAAAUCAGUACGUUCCAGACUUCCAGCGGUUCAAUAAUCCAAAAGUGGAGCCAUCAGAGAGUGGAAGUAACACUGAGGGUCACGCAGAGCCGGUGGAAACAAAAGAUGCAAAGAAGAAAUGCACACCUGGGUUAAAAUUUAGCAACUUGAUGAAUCUUGGGAGAAAGAAGUCUACCUCCCUGGACAGCCCAGAAAGAUCUUUGGAUACCUGCACAUAUUUAAAUGUACUGGUGAACAGCCAAUGGAAAUCUUACUGGUGCCACGUGAAGGAUGGCCAGCUCUACUUCUACCAGGAUAAAAACAGAAGCAAAGCAGCUCAACCAGCUUUGAACUUAGUGGGCUGUGAAUUCAUCCCAGAUCCAAGCCCCGACCACGUCUACUCAUUUCGUAUCCUGCACAAGGGUGAAGAAUUGGCCAUGUUAGAGACAAAGUCUUCUGAAGAAAUGGGCCACUGGCUUGGUGUCCUUUUGUCAGAAUCUGGCUCUAAAACUGAUCCUGAGGAGCUUACUUAUGAUUACGUUGAUGCUGACAGAAUAUCCUGCAUUGUCUCUGCAGCAAAGAACUCAUUGUUCUUAAUGCAAAGAAAACACUCUGAACCCAACCCUUACAUUGACAACCUGCCAAAGAGAAUGGGGAACCAAGAAGAACUGUAUGAUGAUGUGGACAUUCCAGAGGCUACCAUGGAUGCUGUGCCUCCAAAUGGAAGUAAAUGUGAAGGGGAACAAGACAGAGUCUAUCUAGACCUCACUCCAAUGAAAUCCUUGCUGCAGGGAGCUGGCUCAAAGCAGGGUCAAUUUACUCCUUCAGCAUCUCCACCUUUACAAAGAUCUAUGAGCAAGAGCUCAGUGGACUUUGAAAAAGACUUGUCCAUGGUGCAAAAAGAACCAGAACUAAACAGAAGUGCAAUGGAAAUUCCAGAGCAGAGACCUCCAGACACAGAUGAGCUGCCACUUCCAUGGACAGGUACAGUAAAAAUCCAGACACAGCAGCAGCAAAUUAUAUUUCCUCAGAGUGACCCCACUGUGGUUAUGGCUGCACCAAAGGAAAAAACAGAAAAGCCCAAAGUGAUGAAUCCAGUCCCUGUAGAAACAAAACUAGGCAAGAACAGGACGGAGGCUGAAGUGAAGCGAUAUUCAGAGGAGAGAGACCAUUUGGAGAAAGACAAAGAAGAAAUCCGCUCUCAGCUGGCAAAGCUUCGAAAAGAGAAAAGGGAGCUGAAAGAGAUGCUGAUGAACUGCUCAGAUAAAAAUAAGUUGUCUACAAUGGAACAGAAGCUAAAAGAGAUAGAAGAAGAGUGUAAGAAGAAAGAAGAUCAGCGUGUUGACUUGGAGCUAAAGCUUGUUGAAGCAAAAGAGAAUCUCAGGAAAGCAGAGUCUGGUCCAGUUACACUUGGCACCACAGUGGAUACCGCACACGUGGAAAACGCAAGUCCCAAAAUGAAAGUUGCUAAUCCUACAAAUAACACAGAAAAUUCACCUGUCAAUUCAGCAGUGGCAUUAAAAAACCGUCCUUUAUCUGUCAUGGUCACAGGGAAAGGAACAGUUUUGCAGAAAGCAAAGGAAUGGGAAAAGAAAGGUGCUAGUUAGGAAAUCCUAGCCGCAAGAAAAGACUGAAGACUCAAAUUAGUUCUUUGUGGACUACAGAAGCCAGUAGCAAAAAUGUCCAGAUGAAGAAAGCAUGGCAAGUGGGGAACUGUAUUAUACUGUCUGGAAGAAACAAUGGACUUUGGCCAGAUGCCAGCAUGGCCUUCUUUAGACUAAGGCUGUUGCUCCUUUUAGCAGACUUGCACUGUGUAGCUAGGACAAACAACCCACAAGGAAAACAGUACUUCUAACCUUACUGGUAUCCUGAAACUGUUGCUGUAUAUAAGGAAGCUUUUGUCUACUUUUAGUAUGGUGUUUUAUAACUGCACAGUCUAGGAUUUGUCAUUAAAAUGACUUUUAGUUGGACCUGUUUAAUAUUUCUGUAAGCAUACCGAGGCAUGACAGGAAACAGGAGAUAAAGUUGAGCUUCACACCAGCCAUUUCUUUAGGAGAGAAGUUUUCUUAACCAAUGAUGCAAAUUUGAAUGAUGCUGCUGUGGAAUUCCAAUUAAAUGCAGCUGUUCUGUCCAAUACAACGUCCACAGGAGAAAGUUUUAGGUGCUCAAGUUCAAAGUUCAGCUGGCACACCAAGCUUAUUCAGAUGCCCUAAUUUCAGAUUAGGUGACCUAUUGCUCAGCAAAGGGACCUUAUAUGAUCCAUGGAAUUGAACAUGCCAUUUAUUUUAUUAAUUUUAUUACACCAGUUAAGGCAUCCGGCUAGAAAUUAGGGGAUUGUGAGCCCUGACCCUGCUUUAGGAUUAAGGCCACCUGGGUAACCUUGGCCCAGUCAUUUUCUCACAGUCCUAGGAAGGAAGCAAUGGUGAAACCACUUCAUCUUGGCAAGAAAACUGAAGGCAUUAGUUGCCUGGAGGUUAAUACUGAAUCAAAGGCACAAAUAAAAAUCUACUUUGCUAUCAGCUUUAGUUUUGGAAAAAAUAACACAGAUGAGUUCCUUCUUUAAACACUUGCAGUUGUGUGCAUUUAAAGAUGUAAUAUGCAUAAUAUGUCUAAGGCAAGGGAUGAGUCCAGUGCACUUCAGGGACAUUAAUACUUCAGGAUAGGAAAUAAGCAUCAACUGCUUGUCUUUGUAUUCUCUGAGGUCAGUUUCACUGCAGGAGUUAAUUUAACAUAUUAAGUUCAGGAAAAUACAACAUAAAUUCUCAUUUAAAGUUAGCAUGGAUUCUAACAUUCCAGAUUCUAUAUUUUAUUCUUGAAUAGGAGUAAUUUUUCAUGAUAUAUGAACAGAAGGCAUCAUUGCUAAGUAGCUACUGUCAGGAAAGUACUGAAACCAUUUAGUGGGCUUUUGAUAUCUGAACACCAUUGCAGACAAUCAUGAUUCUGUGCAAUAGAUGUGCCAUCUUAAUUAUUUGCUUGUUGCAGAAACUCCAGACAUCAGGGUUCUCCUUAUGAUGGAUUGAAAGCAUUGCAUUGCCUUGGCAACAAAAGUAUCAUUUAUCAUAAAGAAAAUAUUAACGCUUUAGAUAGGAGUAGGAGUCUCCUGGUGUAACAACCGGUUUGCUAAUCGCUGCAUGUGCAUGCACAACUAUCGCAAUUACUUGCCUUUAAUGUUACUUCAGGGAAGUAACAUAGCUGAGGUGCAGCAAUCCACUUACCGUGCAAAUCAGCUGAACAGUUAUAGGUGAGUACAGCGCAGGGGUGGGCGGGCCCACAUGAUCAUCGGAUCAAACCGGUUUGGAGCCAGCUGAUCAUCACAGCUAGGGAGUCACCUGAACUGGUUCAAACCCGGAAAAUCCCAUCCCUGACUCUAGAUCAGGGAUGUCCAACUUUGGCAACAUUGACUGCAGCUCCCAGAAUUCCCCAGAC